ACUACUCUAGUAGGUAAUUCGUUUUUCGAUUGUGAGACGUGAGUGCGAUCGAUAGAUCGUCGUGAGCAGUUGUGUGGUAGUUAGCGUUCGGUGGGCUUAGAUAUGGCUCUUUUCAGGAUUACCACCACCAGAUUAGCUGAGGUGCAGAAAAUAUGCCCGACAAGCACUAUUGUGCUGAGAGGGCUCAGCGCCGAAAAUACAAAUUUAAAAGCUGUGCUGCAGGAGAAAAUUCCUCAAGAGCAAGAGAAAAUCAAAAAUUUCCGUAAGAAAUAUGGCGGCACCAAAGUGGGAGAAGUCACCGUUGAUAUGAUGUACGGUGGUAUGCGAGGCAUUAAGGGUUUGGUAUGGGAGACGUCUGUAUUGGACGCCGAUGAGGGCAUCCGAUUCCGCGGGAUGUCCAUCCCCGAGUGCCAGCAGAAGCUGCCCGCGGCCAAGUCCGGCGGCGAGCCCCUCCCCGAGGGUCUGUUCUGGCUACUCGUCACCGGAGACGUUCCCACAGACGCCCAGGUCAAAGCCAUUUCCAAAGAAUGGGCGAAAAGGGCAGAGUUACCGUCUCACGUAGUAGCGCUGUUGAACAACAUGCCCAACAAGGUGCACCCAAUGUCUCAAUUCUCGGCCGCCGUCACCGCCCUCAACAGCGAAUCUGUCUUCGCGCAAGCUUACUCCGACGGUGUACACAAAUCCAAAUACUGGGAGUACGUUUACGAAGACACGAUGAACCUGAUCGCUAAACUGCCAGUGAUUGCUGCGACGAUCUACCGCAACACGUACCGUGAUGGCAAGGGCAUCGGCGCCAUCGACGAGAACAAGGAUUGGUCGGCCAACUACUGCACCAUGCUCGGGUUCGACGACCCUGAGUUCACGGAGCUGAUGCGUCUCUACCUUACCAUUCACAGUGACCACGAGGGCGGCAACGUGUCUGCACACACUACUCACCUGGUCGGCUCAGCACUUAGCGACCCCUACCUCUCUUUCGCCGCCGGACUCAACGGCCUCGCCGGACCCCUUCACGGACUCGCAAACCAAGAAGUCUUGAUCUGGUUGCAAAAGCUCCGCAAGCAAGUUGGUGACGAUUUCACUGAGGAGCAGCUGAAGGAGUUCAUCUGGAAGACCCUUAAAUCUGGACAAGUGGUGCCCGGUUACGGACACGCUGUGCUCAGGAAAACUGACCCGAGAUACACAUGCCAGCGCGAAUUCGCCUUGAAGCACUUACCCAACGACCCGCUGUUCAAACUAGUCGCGGCAGUGUACAAGGUGGUGCCUCCGAUCCUUACCGAGCUCGGCAAGGUCAAGAACCCCUGGCCCAAUGUGGACUCUCACUCCGGUGUGCUCUUACAGUAUUAUGGUCUGAAGGAGAUGAACUACUACACGGUGAUGUUCGGCGUGUCCCGAGCACUGGGCGUGCUGGCUCAGCUGAUCUGGUCACGCGCGCUCGGCCUGCCCAUCGAGCGGCCCAAGUCAUUCAGUAGUGAGAUGCUCAUCAAGAUGUACAGCAAGUAACGCCGUACAUUACCUACUGUCACACGCGCGGCCCCACCACAGAUUGUCACAUACGGAACAUCGUAGUAUUUUUUUUUUUGAAAUUGUAUACAAAUCAAAUGUCUUUUCAUCUAUUUAUUUUUCAAUCAUAGAAAGGCUUAAAGAAUGCAUUUGCCAAUUGAGUUAUUUAAUAAUUAUAUUGUUCAUUAUAUUUAUUUUUAUGAAACAUGUAAUUAUGUACUUAUGUGUAUUUUGUUUUGAUAUUAUUAUUGCAAUUUUCUCUACAUAUUUGUAGAGUUUUGUUAUAUAGUAUUUUAAAGGAAUACUUUUCGAUGGACAAUUGAUUUACGUGGUGGUGCAACACAACACCAAUCAUCAUUUAGAUUCAUAAUAACAGUAAAAAAUAUAAAAUGUUGGGUUUUACUUAGUAGGUCAAUGUAAGGAUAUCCACAAAAUACAGUAUGCUGUGCAUACUGUUCUAAGAGUGUUUACAUGAUCAUCUAAACAUUUGCAUAGAAAUAUUUUUCGAGCUCACUCAGUAUUUUGGUUGAUUGUACUUAGUGCUGCAAUAGUAAUCAAAUUGUGGUCAUAUUUAGUCUCAAUUGUAGUAAUGUAGAAGUGAGUGGUCUCGUAGGUACUUAGAGAAGUGUGAUCAGAUUUUUGAAACAAUAUUUUCAUACUUCGCUAUACUUUCCUCAGCAGCAUGUUAUCUUCUGUAAUUUAUUAUUCUUCUAUAUUGAAGGGCUUUUAGCUGUAUGUACUAUAAUUUAUUUCGAGUUACCAAAGUAUUUACAUAAUUUAUAAUUAAUCGAGAACUGAUGUGGAUUAUUCGAAAAAGAUACUGCAGGGAUAUAUAGCUAGUUCUAAAUAGGGGCAGUAAUCGAAACCCUUCGAAGACGUUGGUAGCAGCUCGGCUAGCACCUUGGCAAAAUAGUUAUUAUUAGCGAAAUGUUCAUCAAUAUUUAUUCUAAAUCACCUAGCUGUCGACGGUAUGCAUGUACUUGCUGAACAGUAUGAACGUUAUCAGCAGUAGAGACGGUGCGACCACGCGUUGCUCCGUCACGACGCGAAUCAAUAAUUUGACAAUACUAAAAAUAAAGUGGUAUGGUAGUA